UUGAUUGCUCGCUCGCUCGCUCGAUUGAAGAAGAAGAACAAAAUACUGUAGGAAAAUAGUGUUUUCAGCUAUUGUGUUACUAAUUUCUCUUGCAAUUUACAGUGCCGAACGCAAAGCUUGGUUUGUCAAAGCCAAUAUCCAUUGCUAGAUCUAUUAUCUUGCAGGUUCAGAUCGGACCCGAUUUCAUUGCGUGAAUUCUGUCUCAUUGAGCGUUUUCUUUCUGAUCCUCGAAGCUCAGAAGCUAUAUGAGUAAAAAGUAGUUGCAUCCUAGGCUAAAACCAAAGCCAGCUCGAAACCAUGAAGCAGUUAUACAAGCAACCAACCGCCAAGCGAGAUGAAGAGAUUCCCGUCAGCCAGACGUCGCAGUACUCACCAAAAACCCUAAAGCAUCCGAGAUCUCUCCCCAGAUCUAUCAACUACCUCUUCAAGGAACAGAGGCUUCUCUUCAUUCUUGUGGGUGUCUUGAUUGGGUCUACCUUCUUCAUCCUCCAACCCACCCUGUCCCGUAUAGGUCCAAAUGAAAGCCAUUCUACGCUGCCCAGAUCUUUCUCUCACCGCACCGUUGAUUCCGGUUCUUAUCCCAAGAGUUUCAUGCCCGGUGGGAAGGUGGGUCGAGUCCCAGUCGGGGUCGGACGGCGUAGAAUGCGAAUUGUGGUUACGGGUGGAGCCGGAUUCGUGGGAAGCCAUCUUGUCGACAAGCUUAUUUCGAGAGGUGAUGAAGUAAUCGUGAUUGAUAAUUUCUUCACUGGGAGAAAGGAGAACUUGGUUCAUUUGUUCGGAAAUCCGAGGUUUGAACUUAUUCGUCACGACGUCGUUGAGCCAAUACUCUUGGAGGUCGAUCAGAUCUAUCACUUAGCUUGCCCUGCCUCUCCGGUACAUUACAAGUAUAAUCCAGUCAAGACUAUUAAGACAAAUGUGAUGGGUACUCUUAAUAUGUUGGGUCUGGCAAAAAGAGUUGGAGCAAGGUUUCUUUUAACAAGUACGAGCGAGGUUUAUGGUGAUCCGCUUCAGCAUCCACAGAAGGAGACAUAUUGGGGAAAUGUCAAUCCAAUUGGUGAGAGGAGCUGCUAUGAUGAAGGAAAACGGACAGCAGAAACCUUAACAAUGGAUUAUCAUCGAGGUGCAGAUGUGGAGGUUCGAAUUGCUCGCAUUUUUAAUACAUAUGGGCCUCGCAUGUGUCUGGAUGAUGGACGUGUUGUUAGCAAUUUUGUUGCUCAGGCCAUCCGCAAACAACCUCUGACCGUUUAUGGUGAUGGGAAACAAACAAGAAGCUUUCAAUAUGUUUCUGACUUGGUCGAAGGACUUGUUGCAUUAAUGGAAAGUGAGCAUGUGGGACCUUUCAAUCUGGGUAACCCAGGGGAGUUUACCAUGCUAGAGCUUGCUGAGGUUGUGAAAGAAGCAAUUGAUUCAAGUGCUACAAUAGAGUUUAAGCCAAAUACCGCGGAUGAUCCACAUAAGAGGAAGCCGGAUAUCAGCAAAGCCAAGGAGCUGCUGAACUGGGAGCCCAAAAUCUAUAUGAGGGAGGGUUUGCCUCUCAUGGUGAGCGAUUUCCGGAAUCGUAUCUUAAAUGAGGAUGAAGGGAAAGCUUAAGUAAAAAGCAACAGCAGCUGGAGCAUGUAUAGUGUGAAGUACGUUUAUUGCUAUGGCAUUUUGAUUAUAGCAAUUUACUUCUAUAUGCAAAAUUCUAGCAAAUCGCUUAUCAUGGUAGGAAAAUUCCUGUUUAUCCAAAGUAGGUGCUUGAUAAGCAGAGAGUUUGAGAUUCUUUUGUUUAUCUGAAGGAUAAUAUUUUUUUUUUUUUACUUUGAUUAUCUAUAUAGUGAAAGGCUCUUUUUGAUAGAACAAAA